AUGUCGAUUCGUAUCGUAUCUUACAAUUUAUUAGCACCUAUAUUUGGUGAUCGACCAGAAAUGUAUCGAAAAUGUCAACCGCAAUUUCUUAAAACUGAUCACCGAUGGAAUUUGAUUCAAUCUCAAUUGAAACAAGAAAUUAACCAUCAUGAUAACACGAUUAUCUGUCUACAAGAGAUUUGUCUUGAAUUUCUACCUAAACUCGACUUAUUUUUUCAUGAAUUAAAUUAUAGCUUUUUUCAAAAUCUCUAUGGUCCACCAUGCACUGAUUAUCUAGGUGUUGGUAUUGCAAUUCCAAUAUCGAUGCAAUUGCAAUCGAUUUCUUAUAUCAGAAUUGGCGAUUACAUGCGAUCAAUGAGUAAACCACGCGAAACAAAGAAUGGUCUCUUUGCAUGGGGUCAACAGUGGUGGCAAUUUUUGAUGAAUAAAUUCGCCGAACCAGCUAAGGAUACAUGGGAUCUGGCCAUGUCACAAACGAAUACAUUGAUUUGUUUACAAGUAGUAAUCGAUCAUAAAAUUGUAUACGUUGCCAAUUAUCACAUGCCAAGUCUCUACCUGAUACCUGAUCUUAUGCAAAUGCAUGCUUCUGUCGUAAAAGAUUGUAUGUUUGAAUUAGCAGCCGGUCAAAAUUUUAUUCUAAGUGGCGAUUUCAAUCUUAAGCCUUACGAUGUCACUUAUCGGAUUCUAACUGAAAAAGGUUAUGACCAGAAUUUACCAGAAUCAUAUAUGUAUGAAAUAUCUUAUCGACCUAACAGUGAACGAGCGUUGAAAAGUGCUUACCUUGAGAAAAACGGAGCUGAACCUGUUUACACGAAUUUUAGAGAUGUGGCUAAGUCGCCUAACUUUUGUGAAACACUUGACUACAUAUUUUUUCAAGGAAAUCUUAUUGUCGAAAAAGUAUUGGAACUACCAGAUCAACCUUUGAGCGAAUCUUAUCCGGACGAAACACAUCCUUCAGAUCAUUUGUUGAUCGCAGCAUCAUUUCGAUUGUUGUAG